CUUCCAUGGAAAAGAGUAAACAGUCGCCGUUUCGGGCCGGGACCGUUCAUCGGAACCGAAGGGUCCCGGCCCGGAAACGUCGACUGUUUACCAUUUUCCACAGAUGCUGCCUGGCCGGCCUGCUAGUGUGUUUCGCUUGGAUUUCCAGAAUCUGCUUAAUUUAUCUUGUUUGUGACUGCACUUUAGUCUGCAUUCAGUUUUGCACAGUACGACCUUGCUGUGCCCAUGUAUGAAAUGAUCUGCCUGGAGCUCACCCCCCUCCCCUUCACACUCCCCCUUCCCCACCUCUCUCCCCCACCCACUCUCUCCCUUCCUCACCUACCCUCUCCCCACCCCUACCCUCUCCAUCUCUCAUUCCUUCCCCUGCCGCGGCGAGGAGAGGAAGCCCUCGCUCCCCGGGAACUCACACCAAGGGACGGGAGGCAGCGGCGGGAUGUUUCCCCCACCCUCACUGAUCCUGUUCUGUGCCUCCGAGCAGAGCACGUUCCUGAGACGGUAGAUGUGGUCUUUCUCUUCGAUGGGUCCAACAGUAUCUCCAGACGAGACCUGGAGCAGAUCAAAAAGUUCAUGUUGAGGACGAUGGAGGAAGCGGAUGCCGGAAUGCAGUUUGCCAUCGUACAAUACUCCGCGCUUGUCAGGACAGAACUGAGCUUUAAAACGUUCCAGGCCCAACGGAAGAAUCUGCGUAAUAUCGUGAAUAACAUCCAGCUGAUGGAGAGUGCAACCUAUACCGCAACUGGGAUCAAUUUUACCAUAAACAGAGUGUUCACUGAGGAGGCGGGGGCGAGAGAAGGUGCGAAGAAGGUCGUGAUCGUGAUCACGGAUGGAGCGACCACACCAGGAGAUAUCAAUGUGACCGAGGUCAUCAGGAAUGCUCAGGAGAAAGGGAUCUUUCGCAUUGCAAUUGGGGUUGGAGAUAGUUUCGAGAAGGGCAGCAGGGGUCUGAGUGAGCUGACCACCAUCGCCUCAUGCACCAGAUGCCUGAUCAAGAUCAAGGAUUAUUCUCUACACUCUGUCCUCCAGGAUGUCCAGUCCAAAAUCGACACAAUCGAUGAGUGUACCGCUGAGAUGGUAGAUGUGGUCUUCCUCUUCGAUGGGUCCAACAGCUUCACCAAAAGAGACCUGGAGGCGAACAAAAAGUUCAUGUUGAAUAUGAUGCAGGCGUCAGGUGCCAACACGCAGUUUGCCAUCGUACAAUACUCCCUGUAUUCCAGAACGGAGAUGAACUUUACAACGUUCCGGACCCAACCAGGGAAUCUGCGUGAGAUCGUGAAUAAUUUCCAACUGAUGGAGAGUUUGACAUUUACCGCAACUGGGAUUAAUUUUACUAUAGACAAUGUGUUCACGGAGGAAGCUGGGGCAAGGGAGGGAGUAGCAAGACUGCUGGUCCUAAUCACGGACGGACAGCCCACACCAGGGGACAUCGACCUCAACCAGGUUGUCGCCAGGGCUCAGGAAAAGCAGAUUCUCCGCUUUGUCGUUCGGACAGUUCUGAGGAUUGUGAAGUGCCUCUUGUCCAGAUUGGAUCCUCCAUUGAGGCUGACGGUCGGGAGCGGCAGCAACUGCGGACAAUCGCUUCCUGCCCCGACACCCUCGCCAUCCUGCGCUGAUACGACGACCUCCCGUCUGUUUUAGAGAAGCUGAAGGAAACCAUUGGAAGCUUUCAGGUUUGCGAUUUUGGAAGGCGCCAUAUUUGUCGGACCUUUCCAGACUGAGGAAGAGAUUGCCGUGCACCGAGGCGGCAUUCUGGCCGCGUGCAAUUGGAUACAUUGUUUUGUUUUUCUUUGCCACAAGAGGUUUAUUUGGUGAUUAAAAUGU